GAUGAUGAGGGAACACCAGCGAUUGCAGGAAGAAAUGUUCCGUCAACAUCAGACAAUUGUGAACCAGAUCAGCGCUCCCUUUGCCAAUCUUCCCAUUUACAAAUAAUUCCCUGGGAUUUUGAAGUUAAAUUCCCUUGGCGUUGUCUUUUUAAAGUUUCUAGAUGGCCACGGAUAUAGUAAGAUAAAACAGUAUCUCCCUCUUGGCCUAGAUUUCCCCUAGAUGUUUCUUGAUAUAAUCUGGUUCUCUCCUUUUUUCCCCAAACAUUUGCCGAGAUUCGGUCGGAUUCUCUGUGUUUCCAGGCGGAAUUCCCCUAAAUAUUUCCCUAGAUUCCCCUAAAUGUUCCCCUAGAUAGGUUGACUUAGCAUUAUAUCAAAGCAAUGACUUCUCUACUUCUCUAGAUUUUCUUCUGCUUAUAGAAAUAAGAAAAAGAAAAAAAAAUGUCGACAUAUUUAUACACCUUAGAAGUCUUACACUAAACAUGAUGGCGUCCAGUGACCUGCAAAUAUAUUCUUGUUUGGAAAUAUGACUGGCAACUUGUUCUUCGCUUGUUCUGUAAUAGUUCACGUAGAGUUCAUACCGAAAUAUAUAAUUAGUGAUCAGGAUGGUAAUUAAGAAUUGUUUUAUUCGAUGUCAUUAAGGACUUUUUAAAUAAAUUAUUACUGGUUUAUCUGUUAA